GGUGCAGUCGUGCAGAUAGCUGUGGGUUUUCUUGUAUGUAUAGACAACUAUAAAGUACUUAUCGAUUCCCAAAAAAAAAAAAAGAUUACUGUAACUCAUUUCAUUUCAAAAAAUUAAAAUGCUUAGAUACGAUUCGACUGCCUGAUUGUUUAUCUUCUCGCUGACUUGUGGUUUGUAUUCAUAGUUGAGCUGAGUAUUUGGUAGUUUUGACAUUAAUGGCUUCUCUAUCUGAUGAAGAAAACAAAUGUGGGGUUUUCAAGGAAACCAGGGAUAGACCACCCUCACAUUACGUGCUCAAACUCGAGUCUUUCUCGCUCUUUUCUGCAAAUGGAGUGGAUCAUAUCAAGUCAAACAGCUUUCAAGUUGGAGAUCACAAAUGGAAGAUUAAAUUAUUUCCAAAGGGAAAUAAUGAGGGCAAGGAUGAUCAUGUGUCUGUAUACCUUUUGUUGGAUAGCACCAGUACUCUACCUGUUGGUAAGGGCGUCAAGGCCUUUUUCAAGUUCUUUUUACUUGACCAAAUUCGAGGAAAUUAUCUAGUUGUUCAAGGGAAAGCAAGUCGUUUCGACAGCUUUAAAUGUGAAUGGGGUUUUGAUAAGUUCGUCUCUUUAGAAGAUUUUGAAGAACCUACAAAUGGUUAUCUGAUUAAUGACACUUCGUUCUUUGGAGUUGAGGUUUUCAUAUGUGAAGGCUUGCCUCUAGGCGAAUGUUACUCAAUAUCGAAAGUUGCCAAUAUAUCAGGUAAAUACAAGUGGGUGGUUACUCAAUUUUCAGGGUUGGAGUGUCAUUCUUCUGAUGUGUUUAUCAUCGGAGGUCAUGAAUGGAAGCUUUCGCUAUAUCCUGAAGGGAAUGGAAAGCAUAAAGGUCAUAGUCUUUCUAUAUUUCUGGUGUCUGUGGAUUCUAAAGGUUCCACGACUGAGCACGAGGUGAAAGCAGAGUUUGAGGUAACACUUAACGAGUUUAAACAGAAACAUAUAAAGGAAAAAGAUACAAAGUGGUUUGGUGCCUCUACACCAGCCUGGGGUUGGCCUAACUUUAUCGAACUGACUGAUCUUAAAGAUGAAAAAAAUGGAUAUGUGGUUGCUGAUCAAUGCACAAUUGAAGCUGAAGUCAAAGUGCUCUGUGAAGGCAGUCGCGAGACUCUGAAGGGUUAAGUUGCUCUUUUUUGAUGGUGUCAAUUAGUUUGCAAUUGUGUUAAGAUUAUGUACUCCAAUAUGUUUCUAGGAGUUGUCUUUGCAAACAGGCUUAUUUCAUAUUUAAAUCUUUUGUUAUGACUUA